GAUAAGGAUGAAUCCCUAUAAAGUUGGAAUUAUUACAGUGAGUGACACUUCCGCAGCUGAUCGAACAAAAGACAAGAGUGGACCUUUAUUACAACAGUUACUGACGGAGGCUUCAUCUGAUUAUCAAGUACUACAUACCACGGUUGUUCCAGAUGAGGCUAUUGACAUUACAAGAGUAGUUCAAGAAUGGGCUGACACAGAACGACUGGAUCUCAUUUUACUAACGGGAGGAACUGGAUUUGCCGAACGUGAUAUCACGCCUGAUAGCAUUGAACCACUAUUGACGCGACUUACCCCUGGUAUCACUCAUCUUUUGAUUUCAACCUCAUUGACAAAAACACCAUUUGCAGCUCUCUCACGACCCAUAUCUGGUUUCCGCAACAAAACAUUAUGUAUCACUUUGCCUGGAAGCCCAAAGGCCUGCCGUGAGAAUAUGGAUAGUCUUUUUCCUAUUCUACCCCAUGCUCUUGAUUUAGUGCGUGGACAACAUGGUGCUAUACGUCAUACUCAUUCUCAUAUCGCUUCUACUGGAUCCACCACUAAUCAACAACAACAACAACAACAUACUUGUGUACAUCAUCAUCAGCAGCAGCAGCAGCAGGUUCAGAAGCACAGUGCACAUACUUUAGAUUUAAACACACCAGUAUCCCAACGAGCUCGUGUAUCGCCAUACCCUAUGAUAUCUGUGGAAGAAGCUCAAUCUAUCAUCAGUCGUUAUGCGCAACCUUUAGAAACAGUGGAUAUGAAAGUAUCAGAAGAUUUGAUUGGAUACGUUUUAGCCGAGGAUGUGUAUGCAAAAGAACCUGUCCCUGGUUAUCGUGCGUCUAUUGUCGAUGGUUAUGCUGUACAUGCUGAAGAUGGACCAGGGAUUUAUCCAGUAUGUCAUGUAUCUCUUGCAACAAGUCAUUAUCAAGAACCCAAGGAGAAUGAUGACAGCAUGACAGUACAUACACCAUUUCAAUUGAAGCGAGGACAGAUCUCACGUGUUGCUACAGGAGGUAUGGUACCUGAUGGCGCGAAUGCAGUGGUGAUGGUAGAAGAUACUCGACUGGUGGAAAGAGCAUUAGAUAACCAAGAAGAAGCCAUGGUAGAAAUAAUGAUAUCAACACAAGCCAAUUCAAUGAUUCGAUCAGUUGGAAGCGAUUGUCAACAAGGCGAUUUAGUGUGUAGUAAAGGCACGGUCAUUUCGACGGUGGGUGGAGAAUUGGGACUUCUUGCAUCUGUUGGAGUAACCUCUGUAUUGGUGUAUCGCAAACCAAGAGUUGGUGUACUCUCAUCUGGCAACGAAGUACAAGACAUUACGAUGACAUCAAGACCUUUAGUGCCUGGCGAAAUACGGGAUUCGAAUCGAUUGACUCUAUUGGCGGCCAUACGACAAGCUAAUAUGGAACCUGUGGAUUUAGGGAUUGUGCCUGACAAUGUGGAUGCCAUGGAACAAUGUUUACAACAAGCUCUAUUGGAUUUAGAUGUGAUUAUAUCAACAGGUGGCGUCUCAAUGGGUGAAGCUGAUUAUAUGAAACCAUUGUUGGAACAACGAUUCAAUGCUACUUUACACUUUGGUCGUGUGCAUAUGAAACCUGGAAAACCUACGACUUUUGCCACUAUACCAACCACAUCAUCAACAAAGCAGCGAAUAGUAUUUGCUUUACCUGGAAAUCCUGUAUCUGCUGUUGUUACUUUUUAUCUAUUUGUGUUACCUGCUUUACGACAAAUGUGUGCCAUUCAUCAACCAAAGAAUGUGAUAUUACCAGUCAAAAUAUUACAUGAUAUUUAUUUGGAUAGUCGACCAGAAUAUCAUCGAGUUCGGGUAUAUAUGAAUGCAGAAAAAGGACAUUUGGAAGCUUUGUCUACUGGACAAAAUCAACAAAGCAGUCGGAUGAUCAGUAUGGUUGCAGCAAAUGGUUUAUUACAAUUACCUAUCAAGACGGAUGAUUUAUCAAUGUUAAAGAAAGAUGACAUAGUAGAAUGUAUUAUAUUAGGGCCAUUAUAUCAAAAAUAA